AUGAAGGCCAUGACGACGGCUCAGCUGUCCAUCAGCCUCUAUUUCUGCUCGCAGAUCUCACUUUUUCCACCAUACCCCCGUCCGUAUCGUCCUCGUCUUGUAAGUCUGUGUAGGCCCGUCUGUGCAUGCCUCUCUUUGUCGGGCUGCCUAGGCUUGCGAAGGCCCCUCUGCGGCUCUAAGCCUUCUCCAACAUGUGGCGGACUCUUCGAGGAGCCAACGUCUUGGCAACCGAAUCGACAAAACAUGGCCAGAUUCACAUCCCAGCCUCGAAGCCGCGAAUUUAUCAUUUCUUUCGUCAUACUUCAGUGA